AAGAUAGGCCCAAAAGGGCUAACUCUGACAACUCCCACCCCUUCGUUCGACUUCGCUUUCUCUGCGCGAUCGGAAGUCUUAUCGUUCUUUUGUUCUCGGCAGAUCAGAUUUCAGUGGUGGCGUUCUCCGCUCUCAUCAACAUUUUCAGAAAGCUUUGAUCAGACACGGCGUUGAUCGAAUCCGAUCAGAUCUGCAGCUCCUUUGAUCGAAGGAUCUUGUUGUGAGGUCUUUUGAAGUUUGGUUUCAGGAUUUUGGGUCACUAAACUGGUCAAGAAAUGGACGACACGGAGGAUGAUGCGAGGUAUCCUCCCAACCAUUACCCUGUAAAUUACCAUCAAAAUUCCGGUUCUUUGCAUCGUCCGAAGCUUCCGGUACGCAACACCUCUUAUUCUGAAGCCGUCGAUAAUGUUUAUGGUGAAGAACAAGAAGAAGAGGAAGAAGAAGAAGAGGAAGAAGAGGAAGAUGAGGAAGAAGAAGAAGAAGGAGAAGAACAAGAACAAGAAGAACAAGAAGAACAAGAAGAGGAAGAGGAGGAGGAAGAAGAAGAAGAGGAAGACGAAGAAGAUGUUGCCCAACGAGUAGUAGAAGAAGUUGAGGUCGAUGAAGACGAUGACGAUGAUGGCCGAGACAAUUAUCAUCGAAGGAUUGAAGCAGAUGCGGAAGAGUCUGAAAGGCAUAGGAAGAAACGAAAACUAAAAAAUCUAGCUUUGGGUUACGAGUUUGUACCACGAGUUGCAGUACCUUCUGCUGCUCCUGCUGCUCCUCCCCCGCAACCCUCUUUUGGAGCUCGGAAUUCACCAGCUGAUUGGACGGAACAUGAGACUUUUGUUUUAUUGGAUGCUUGGGGUGAUAGAUUUCUUCAGCUUGGGAGAAAGAGUCUUCGUUCUGAUGAAUGGCUAGAAGUUGCCAACAAGGUCUCAGAAGAGUCAAAUACUGUUAGGACAGACACUCAGUGUCGCAAUCGUUUGGAUACAUUGAAGAAGAAGUACAAGAAGGAGAAGAUGAGACUUGUAGAAACUGGGAGUGCCACCAAUAAAUGGGUUUACUUCAAGAAAAUGGAUAUGUUAAUGACAGCAUCACCAAGGCAACCUGGGCUCUCUUGUGGCUUUGAUUCAGGAGAGUAUGUCUUCAUGAACCCUAGAAUUUAUUUAAAUCGCUCUAAUGGGUUAGAUGAGAUGAGGGACAGUCCCGGGAAUUCGGAAUCUUCAGAAGGUGAGGAGGAUGAUUCAGAUGGCCUUCCACCUAGGAGGACAAGAUUUAGAGAGGAUGCGGAUGACGGGUCUUCAUUUAGGUUGCUUGCAGAUUCAAUUCAGAAGUUCGGUGAGAUUUAUGAGAAGAUUGAAAACAACAAGAGGCAACAAAUGGUAGAAUUGGAGAAAAUGAGGAUGGAGUUCCAUAGAGAUUUAGAAUUGCAGAAGAGGCAGAUUCUGGAGAGAACGCAGGCUGAGAUUGCAAAAAUCCGGCAAGGUGAUGAUGAAGACAUUGAUGCUUCUGCUGAGAACAUGAGUGAAUGAUAAGAAUUCUUUGGCCUCUACAGCACCAGAAAUCAAUUAGAAUCUUCAAUUGAAGAAUGCAGUGGGGAUGGCUCUAAUGCACACGCCAUGGGAGCCGCUUGGGCAGCGUCAUAUCUAAUGUAGUUGUCUGUGGAGCCUUGUGUGCUAGUCUAAUAAUAUGCUCAGGCUUGUUUUCUUUAUAUUUGUAUUCCUUUUCCCCAUUUCUAUAUCUCUCUGUGAUUGCUGCUUCCUUAGUGAAGCUCUGGCUGCUUUCGGUUUGGAAUUAUCCCUGCACCUCCAGCGCCCCAAGGCAGACGUGCCCAAGAACAAACGGUUUGAGACUUUUCAGUAAUGUUGCAACAAAUUCUUAUGGCCAUAUCUGGUUUCAAACUCUCAAUCCAGGAUGGAUGCAUACAUCGAGUCCAAAGUAACUUCUUCAACUCUAUAUCUGCCUGUACUGGGCCUUUGGUGGACUAAUGAGCUUAUUUUAAAACA